UAUAACUUGAAUUUGAAGCGGAGCUGCUGGUUCAGUAGUACUAUACAAGAUAGGCAGCUAUAAACACCCGACAUUUGUUUAAUGAUUUAAAAAUCGUAACAGAGACGCGUAAAUGUUGUGUUUAAGGGUCAAUUAAAAAAGGAGAGAUCUACAGAAAGUGUUUGUUAAUAAUGCGAUUAAACAUCAUCGAUAAAAUUGACAAGGUUUUCUUGAUGGAAAGUAAAUAAAUGCAAAAAGUGUAUCUUGAAGAAAUAAAAUUAUUGAAAGUAGAUAAUUUUUGAAAAUGAUCGUUGUGAUAUUACUUCUUGUGUUACUCGGAGUUAUUGUACACUUUUUUAUCCUACAUUAUGGGAAACUGGGAAGGAUGAUGAAUUCGAUACCGGGCCCUCAAGCAAUUCCAAUUUUUGGCAAUCUGCUCACUCUUCAGGUUUCGCCACACGAUCUUUGGAAAAUUAUGCGCAAAUUGAGUAAUCAAUAUUAUCCAAUCUAUAGACUAUGGAGUUUUACGAUACCAUUCCUUAAUAUUCGUCACCCGAAUGAUAUUGAGACAAUUCUUGGAAAUCCAAAAUCCAUUCAAAAAAGUGCUGUCUACGAUCUUUUAAAACCUUGGUUCGGCACUGGUCUUCUCACCAGUUCAGGCCGCAAAUGGCAUUUGCGAAGAAAAAUAUUGACUCCUGCAUUUCAUUUCAAUGUACUACGACAAUUUGUUGACGUUUUCAUCGAAGAAUCAGAGCGUAUGAUUAAGAUGCUAAAGAGCGAACAGGGUCCUGUGGUCAAGGAUUUAAUGCCUAUCAUUAGCGAACAUACUCUAAACGUGAUAUGUGAAACUUCGAUGGGAACUUCGUUAAAAGAUAAAGGGGUAUUUCAGUACAAGUACCGGAAAGCUGUGUAUGAUAUGGGACAAGUUCAGGUGUACAGACUUGUAAGACCCUGGUUACAUUAUGAAUUUCUCCUUGCAUGUGUUCCCAAGGGAUGGGAACAAUGUAGACUACUAAAAAUAUUGCAUGGAUUCACGAAGCAGAUUAUUCGAGAACGAAAAGAAUAUCACAAUCAGACCGAUGGUAGAUAUUUAUCUGGAUUUGAUGAUGACUCAAGCGGACAAAAAGACAUGGGAAUUCAUAAAAGAAGACUCGCUAUGCUUGAUCUUUUGAUAGCAGCGCAUCGAAACAAUCAAAUAGACGAUGAAGGUAUCCGGGAAGAAGUAGAUACGUUUAUGUUUAGGGGACACGAUACCACAGCGAUGAGUAUUUGCUUCACUAUAUUGCUUCUUGCUGAACAUAAAGAGAUACAGGAACGUGCUAGGAUCGAAGUGAAUCGAGUUAUGGAAGAAAACGAAGGGAAAAUGACAAUGUCCGCUUUUCAGAAUCUUUCAUAUUUGGAAAGGUGUAUCAAAGAGUCUCUACGACUUUAUCCAAGUGUACCUUUCAUAUCCCGCGCACCGGAAAUGGACAUGAAACUAAGUAAUUAUGUCGUACCUGCCGAUACCGUAGUCCAUCUACAUAUUGCCGAUGUUCAUAGGGAUCCAAAAUAUUGGCCAAAUCCAGAUGUGUUUGAUCCAGAUAGAUUUCUGUCAGAAAAUAUGCAUGGACGACAUCCUUACUCUUAUGUACCUUUUAGCGCUGGUCCACGAAAUUGUAUAGGACAACGAUUUGCUAUGUUGGAACUAAAAGCGACAAUAGGACUUCUCUUACACAAUUUUUAUCUGGAGCCUGUAGACUAUUUAAAGGAUAUUACCAUCACCACGGACCUGGUUAUACGCCCGGCUCAUCCGAUUCGGACGAAAUUUAUUCCUAUUGAGACUACCUGUUAAUAUUCACCUAAUUUUACUCCUAUUAUACAAAUAGAUCUAUCUAUUGUGUUUACGAUGUGAAACGGUCAAUACAGGUUAAAAUAAAUACAUAGCUUUUCUUACAAA